AUGGGUGGCUCAUUCAAAACCAGUUUCGCCAAAGACGUUUCGAUGGAUAAUCGUUGUGAAAGAUGGACGUGGCGGAAAAUAUGGAAGAUGAUAUAUGGACCACCGCCCACCCACGGCCGGCAGUUGACAUGGGCCGAGCUUACAGCGGAUACGGAGCACCAUGGGUUUAAAGGAAUCACCUUGACAGAAACAUAUUUUGACAGUGAAUCCGGUGAUGCUUUAAAUCCACGAGGUCCAACCACGGUAAGCCAGGCCUGA